GGACUAGGAAGAGCACGACAAAAAAGCACUCGCUACUUUCUCACCAGUUUCUCCUCUCCCCUUUCUCUAUUCAACUUCUUUCCCUCUGCCUCCUUCCUCCCUUUAAAAGCUCUCAAAAUCUUAUUGCUUUUGAUUAAUCCCUUCAGCAUCCAAUAUUUCUGCUAACCUUUCUCUCUAAUCACAUCGUUUUCUGAUCUGGGUAUUCUUUACUUGUUUCUUCGGAUCGAAGUUUUCAAUUUUAAUUGGAUAUUUCUGCUAACUUCAUCACUGUUGGAAAACCUUUCAUACAAAAAACAAGCCUGUUUUGGUUGAUGGGUUUUUGUUAGUUUCUUGAUUGGUGUAAUCAGAUUCUGAGAAAUGGAUUUUUGUGAAUGAGAUGCAGAAAGUGGAUAUUUUCUUUCAGGUUGAUAGGUGGAGUUCAUUCAGCUACACAGUGUAGUUUUUGCUUCUAAGAUCAUCGGUUUGCAUUUGCAGAAAUUCCUUAGUUUGGAAAUUUCAUCACAAGGGUUUUUGGCUAUGGGUAGAGGGAGAGGAAAAGCAAAGAAACAAAAUGUUAUUGCUGCUCGUGAGGAUACUGGAAGUGGUGAAGAGGAAAGGAUUCUACCAAGCAGGAGAAGAGGAAGGCCACAAAAGACAUUGAAGGACGAUAUUGUAGAAGGAGAAGAGGCUCUGAAGACAGAAGAUGGCGAGGAUGCAAAAAGUCAUGUUUCGAGCAAAGACAUGAAAGGCCAAUCUGCCAUAGAGAAUGGAAGGAAAAGGAAGAGGUCAGCUCAGGUCAAAGAAACUGUAAAAUCAGUCAAAGAGGAUAAAAUGAUUGAAACAAAAUCAAGUCUCGAUGACCCGAAAAAGUCUGUUGGAUUCCGACAAAAUGGGAGUAGGCGAAAAAAUAAGCCUCACCGAGCUGCUGAAGCUGGUGUUGAGUGCCAGUGAGUUCAGUUCUGCUGUUGUGAUGGUUGCCCACCUUCUUUGCUCACCUCCUUGUUGGUUCACAUAUCAUUCCUUAUACUGCCUUCGUUAUAUGUUUUUCUGAGUUCCUUCUUUGCUAGCAGAUGAUUUUGAUUGUGAGAUUCCGAUAACAAUGUUUGUUUGUUCCAUGCUUUUUGCUUCUGUUACUGGCCAGAGACAUGCUUUAUGUUAGCUGUAAAAAGAAUAUCUCUGACCAACUUCAUUUUUUGAAAUUAGAUGAAAUGCAUUUGUUUUUCUGCGUA